GUCUCCUGCCGGAAUUCGUCAUCGUCCGGGUCUGAGCCGUUUCCUACUUCCGCAAACAGAGGGCUGCGAGCUUCCCCGUUUAUCGGCAGAUCAAUGCGGCGGCGGACUUCUGCUUCUCAUUUCCUGGCUCUCUUUAACAUUUCCGACACCUCUGACAUUUAUGAGUGAUUGAUCGGCGUCAUGACGGCCAACAGCCGCUGCUCCGCCGCGGAGUCCCCGGGCCUGGAGACCCAGCGACGUGAGAUCGAGUCUCUUCUACGGGAGUGCGAGCUCCGCGCUGGGGAGAGCUGCAGCUUUGGUUUCACUUCUAAUUUUGGAGCAGGUCAUGUCUCUGCUGCAGCUUCAGAUAAGACAGAAAGUGAUGAAAACAGAAAGGAGUUUGUGGAGACCGGAGAUCAGAACUCGACGUCUUUCCCGGGUCAGAUCGACAACGCGGAGCUGUUCGAGGAUCUGGACUCGUACCACCUGAAGGAUCGUCUGGUGGAGGACGAGGACUUUGUGCUGGUGCCGGCGGAGGCGUGGCACAAGCUGCUGUCUUGGUACGGCAUGGCGGACGAUCAGCCGCCGCUAGAACGCAAGGUAACGUCACCACGCGCCGCGCGGUGCCCUGAGUCCAGAAUGAGAGCGGAGAGUUUCUGUUGUUUUCCUGUUUACCCCAUCGAGAUCUUCCUCUGCCUCCACAGCAACAUGGAGAACGCCGUCACCACAAAGUUCAGCCGAACCGACAGCAUACAUUCGAUCCAGAGGGCGAUGUGUCAGGCCUUCUCCGUACCUCCGGGCUCAGAGUGCCGCCUGUGGAUGAAGAGUUCGGACAGCAGCUGCGAGCGUCUUAGGAACGUGCACAUGAGCGUGCUGGACGCCUGCUUGAGCUCGGGGAUGACGGUGAUCAUGGAGACGAGGAAUGCAGACGGCACCUGGCCGAGCUCCAGGCCUCAGAUCAUGAGGAACUCUGUGGAGGAGCAGGACUCGUACAGAGGGCAGCCGGGCGUCUGCGGCCUCACCAACCUGGGCAACACCUGCUUCAUGAACUCAGCGUUACAGUGUCUGAGUAACACUCCGCCCCUGACGGAGUACUUCCUGCAGAACUCUUAUGUGGAUGAGCUGAACUUCACCAACCCUCUGGGAAUGAAGGGAGAGAUCGCCGAGGCCUACGCCGACGUCAUCAAGCAGAUGUGGUCAGGGAGGCAUUACUCUGUGGUGCCGCGCGUCUUCAAGACGAAGGUGGGCCACUUUGCGUCUCAGUUUCUGGGCUACCAGCAGCACGACAGUCAGGAGCUGCUGUCCUUCCUGCUGGACGGGCUGCACGAAGACCUGAACAGAGUCAAAAACAAAGAGCACUACAGAGACUACGGCUCGGGCGGCGGCUCGUACGGCACGUCGCUAUUCGGACACCCGCUGCUGCUCAACGUGCCGCGCAGCAGCUGCAGCCAGGAGGCGCUCUACAACCUGUUCCUGCAGAGACUGGCGCGCUAUGUGCGACUGCCUGAUCCGUCUGAGGAGUUGGAGGAAGAGGAGGAAGAUGAUGAAGAGGAGCUGUACAAGACUCAGACCAACGGCAUCAGUGAUGAUGACGAGCAGGAGGAAGUGGAGCCUGCUGGCCCGUCCCAGACCGAUUACUCCUGCGGUGACGCGACGCCCAACAGGAAAUCAGACGGCAACACAACAGAGCCACAGGCUGAGGAGAACCACAUCCAGCCUUCACCGGACCACGGAGACCCCGGCGAGAACAGUAACGGCUCCCAGAGCCAGACGGAGCCCGGCUGCAGCGGAGACGCCAUCAGCGCCGAUGACGAGGCCCCCGGCGAGCAGUCGAGCGGUCCCGCAGAAGCCGACCGCGGCUCGAAACCUCCAGCGGAGCAGCCUCGUGAGCCAACCGAGGAAGAAAAUGAAGAAGACAAGCAGGAGGAGGCUUGCUCUCCCAGCCCGCCAGCCAAUGAGCAUCCGGCUAAGAGGAGGGCGUGUCACGUCAGGAGGAAGCGUCUGUUCAGCAUCCAGGCGGUCAACUCCAACGGGACGACCGAGAGGGGGAUGGGAGAGGGAGGAAGCGCCGUGUCCUUCAGCUCUCAGCCCUACGUGGCCAUCGACUGGGAGCCCGACAUGAAGAAGAGAUUCUACAACGAGAACGAGGCUGAGAAAUACGUGAAGCAUGCCAGCAUGGAGGUCCCUCAGCAGCACAUGACUGUUCAGCUGCAGCAGUGCAUCGAGCUGUUCACCACUGUGGAGACGCUGGAGGAGGAGAACCCAUGGUACUGUCCGGUGUGUAAGAAGCACCAGCUGGCCACGAAGAAGCUGGAUCUCUGGUCUCUGCCAGAGGUUCUCAUCAUCCACCUCAAGAGGUUCUCCUACACCAAGUUCACCAGAGAGAAGCUGGACAGCAUCGUGGAGUUCCCCCUCAGGUACACACACACUGCUGGAGGAGCAGCCUGA